AUGGGCCACCAGCCUCUCCCGCAAGAAUGCCGAUCACUAUGGGAGGAUCCAUCAGGAACAGCCAAGCUGGAGUCCAGCACGCCUUCCAAACACGAUUCAACCCUGCAAGAUGACAAAAAUCCAUCCGAUCAGCAGGAAGAGUCGCUGACUCGCUGUUCAAAGAGGUUCUUGCCUCAGCCAAUCGAAACAUCAUCUCGAAGCUCCAACAUCACACCGACCAGGUCAACCCUCGAGAGUAGAGACAAUUCGGACACGACCCAUGGUUUCUCUCAGAAAAGCGAACCCCAAAUCAAGGGCCAGGCACGGCAACGAAUUUUGCCUCAGCCGAUCGAGACAACUAUCGCCAGCCGUCGGGGACUGUCGCGACCGCAGGAGAAGAAUCGUUCUCCUGUUGCUUCUGGCCCUAGAAGGUUUAAACCGGACUUAAUUGAAACGGACCGUCGCUCUGUGAAGGGCAAGGCCGGAGAGCCCUCUCGUUUCAAUGCUCAGGAUCUUACUUCCGAACGUUUGGGUCCUGCCUCUCGGUCAACCCCCCGACGGAAUACUGCCCCUCAUCCCACCGAGUCAAAAUUCUCAUACGCGAGCCUCCUUCGUCGCCAAGAAACACGGAGGCAUUCAUUUCGUGUCCCGGAUCUGCCAUCUAUCCCAUCAAACAGCAGCGAAGACUCCGAAGACUCUGCCGGCUCACCCCUAUCAUCCUCGCCAACCAACCGUCCCCAAGGAGGCACGGGUGGCAAGCUACAUACUCUGCUCCGAGAAAGCUAUGAUGGGGAAAUUUCCGAGUACUUACUUUCUCUGGCAGCUCGUUCGGCGCAGAAACAGCUGAAGGAGCAGGCGCUGGCGGCCUUCCCAAACGAACAAGUAUAUGAGCCUGUGGAUCAUUUUGCCAUCGACGAGGACGAGAGUGACUCCGAAGACGAGAACUUCAUGUAUCCCUCUAAGCACCAUCUGAAAUCUCGACGGCAAUCCUCUGCGGACCUUUCCUGGGAGCUCGAGUAUAUGCGACAGCACAAGGAAGAGGCAGAACAGCGCCUGAGGGCGAUGGGUACAUCGGGUAAGCCUAAAUUGGCGCCGACUGAACCGAAGCCCGAGCCAAAGAAUCUGGGCCCAAGUCCUCCUAUGCUCGGGGGUGACAUUGUCUUGCCUUGGAGCCUUUCUCCCGAUGGGACGCUCUGUGAGAACACAAGCACUAAGAAUGAUUCCCAGGCAGCGGAAGAUCGGUGCACUGGCUGUGGAGGUCUUUGGUGCGAGGAGAGUCAAGCAGACGGUGGACGAAAGGCAGGAUUAUGGAUGGGCACCUGUCGUAAAGCCGAUGGUCCCGAACGGGAGUCACACCUCAUAUCUGGCAUCAUGACUCCAAUGACUCAAGACUACGAAUUAGAGCUGAACCUUAGCCCUCGGCCCAACGCCCCCUCGAGCCAAAGUGAUCAAAGAGGUCCACUGAGGUCACAAUACGGCGUUAGUCCCGUCCUUUCUCAGGACUCAGAUGAUGAGUUCCAUGAUGGCUUUGUCACGCAAAUCUACAAUUAUCUAUCCCUGGGGUACCCCUGCGUGGCGCGGUGUUAUGACUAUGAACUCGGUCGAAUCUCCGGAAUCACUGUGGAAGAUCUUCGACGAGAUGAUCUCGAAACCGACGCUAGAGGUUAUGUUGUUGCCCCGGAGAACAACAACAACGAAGUGGCCUGUAUACGAUGGAAGGCUCUCCGUCUCUACAUCCGGGAAUGGGCACGGCAACAGCCCAAUAUGGCGGAGGAUGAAAAUGGUCUAGAAGCUUGGGGAGUGCCGGAACGAAGGGGUAGCUGGGCUAUUUGA